CUUGCCUUGCACUGCGCCGGAACAACUGCGGAGGAUUAAUCCGACUUGUUACAGCACAAGCACCUGCACCAUGGCACCAGCACGGGCACGCACACGGACACGGGCACUUGUCGGGGGUAGUAGCUCCCCAAUCACUGAGAUGCAAUUGGUGACGACCUCACAGCGAGCGAGCUUGAGAUUCUAGAUAUUCCAUUCCAGUCAAUUCAACAACCCCACGACUCCAUUCACCACACACAAUUCAAGAUGGGUGGCGGUCCAAAAGUCCCAUACCCCAAGCACGUUUGGUCCCCCAGUGGUGGUUGGUACGCCCAGCCCUCCAACUGGAAGGCCAACACCGCCGUCUUCUCGGCCGUCGUUUUCGGAAUCACUGCUUUGGCAUGGAACCUCAGCGCAAACCGCGAAUACAGACAUAAGAUGCCAGAGCCUGGCCGCUUUUUCCCAAGCAGAUAUUGGAGCAAGCAGAUCAAGGAGCACGAGCAAGCACAGGCUGGAAAGAGCGAUUCAUCAUGAGCCCGUAGCAGUCAUCUAGCGGCCGCUUGUAUAUAUAAACCAAGACGCGGAAUACAAGGAAUUUAACAACUAGGAGCUCCAAUCGCCGACCAACCGAGACCUCUCCACAUGUUUCAGCAAUCCUACCGGUCCAAUGCAAACCUCGGGCCAUCCCAAGCCAAUUAGGAUAUGCCCAGCGACAGCUACGGCUUCUCGGAUGUUCUUCUACUGCAGAGAACUUAUUGUAUGGCAACCAGCCAUCCUCCUCUCUUGACAAAAUGCUUUCCUUUUGGUGUGACUCUAUUUGUGGUAUUCUCGAGAGUGAUACAUUCAUGAGGCCUGUUUUGAACAUGACAUGAACUCAGCGUUUACAGAAGCCUCAUAUUUGGAGAUAUAUGCAUACAUGUUUGAGAACCACCGCCUGCGAAACUGCUGCU